AUGGGCACUGCCACUAGGUUAGUCUGCUUUGCAGCGGCGUUGCUUAGCGUUUCCGGUUUCUCAAUUCCAUUGAGACAAGACCCAGAGACCUUAUGCAUCGGCCAGGAGAAUUUCUUACGGAUCCCGAACAUCGAAAGCUGCACUUUCUACUACCAAUGCUAUUCUGGGCAGUCUUACCUGAUGCAAUGUCCAUCUGGGUCGUGGUUCAACGAACAGAACCAGGUAUGUGACUCAUCAAAUGCACCAGAAGGUUGUAUAGUAGAGCCAGAGACUCCAGAACCAGAACCGGAAGAAGUAACAGAACCUGAGCAAGAGCAAGAGCCGGAACAAGAGCCAGAGCAAGAGCCGGAACAAGAGCCAGAGCAAGAGCCGGAACAAGAGCCAGAGCAAGAGCCGGAACAAGAGCCAGAGCAAGAGCCGGAACAAGAGCCAGAGCAAGAGCCGGAACAAGAGCCAGAGCAAGAGCCAGAACAAGAGCCAGAGCAAGAGACGGAACAGAAGCCAGAACAAGAGCCAGAACAAGAGCCAGAGCAAGACCCGGAACAAGAGCAAGAGCCAGAACAAGAGCCAGAGCAAGAGCCGGAACAAGAGCCAGAGCAAGAGCCGGAACAAGAGCCAGAGCAAGAGCCCGAACAAGAGCCAGAGCAAGAGCCGGAACAAGAGCCAGAGCAAGAGCCGGAACAAGAGCCAGAGCAAGAGCCGGAACAAGAGCCAGAGCAAGAGCCGGAACAGAAGCCAGAACAAGAGCCGGAACAAGAGCCAGAGCAAGAGCCGGAACAAGAGCCAGAGCAAGAGCCCGAACAAGAGCCAGAGCAAGAGCCGGAGCAAGAGCCGGAACAAGAGCCAGAGCAAGAGCCGGAACAAGAGCCAGAGCAAGAGCCGGAACAACAGCCAGAGCAAGAGCCUGAAUCUACUCCAGAACCUGAGCAGGACAACGAAGAAGAGCUUAUUCCGGUUGAAACAAAUGAGAUAGAUGAUGAAACUAAAUUUAAGACAAGAAAAUUAAAACAAUUGGAUGGAGAAAAUCAAAAUGAUCAAGAUGGAGAACAACCUGAAGAUGAAGACGAACAACCUGAAAAUGGAGACGAACCAGAAGGUGACGAUGACAAUGAAUCAGAUGGUAAUGAUGAUAACGAACCUGAAGGUGAUGAUGAUAAUGACGAUGAGCCAGAGAACGAUAAUGAAAACGAAGAAGACUCGGCAAGAAAAGUAAAAUCUAGGCAGCUCAGGCAGGUUAAUGAUCAUAAUCACGAUCAUCAUCACGAUCAUCACCAUGAUCAUAAUCAUGAUGAUGAUACUUCAGAAGGAUCUGGUAGUGACGAAACAGAGUAUGAUAUUAUUCCUCAAGGUAUCCCAUUGCAAGAGGAAGUUGAAGCUGAUGACGAAACUGACUCGGCUCUCCAAAGAGUCAAGCGUUCAGCAAAACAAAUGAACAGUGCAGAUACGGAGAAAGCAGUAGAAGACGAAAUCGCGGCUCAGAACAUCUUUUACAGAUGGCUCCGAGCUGUGUAUUAA